AGGACUCAGUGAGGAGGCUGACGGUGUGCAAAGCGUUUCUGCUCUGUGUGUUCCAGGGUGGCCGAACGGACAAUCCGCCAAUAAAGUUUGAAAGGAGUUUUUUUCCUGUUCAGCUUUUUUCCUUGUAUUCUUUACUUCAGGUGACCUUCAUUGUUCUUCACCUGGGGUUGAAAGACAUUUGGAAUCACCAUGAAUUCUUCUGCAAAUGACUCCAAAUGCGAGGUUGCAAAUAAAUCGCUCUAUAUGAACUACUCCUGGAUAAUUAUCUUGGAACUCAUUCUGGGCCUGCCUCUGAACUUUACUGCGCUGUAUACCUUCAUCUUCAGGCUGAGGUUCUACAAGGCCAACAAGAACAUGGUCUUCCUCUUCAACCUUGUUCUAGCUGACUUCCUGCUGCUGACCUGCCUCCCACUGAAGGUGUAUCAGUUCCAGAGAGGUAAGCGCUGCAGCGAAAGCCUAGUGCUUUGCAAAGCGAUGUUCUUCACGCAAUUCAUGAACCGAGGAGCCAGCAUCGCCUUCAUGACCAUCAUCACCAUUGACCGCUACCUGAGUGUGGUCCACCCCAAAAAGAAGAACAUCCUGAAGGUUGUGAAAAAGUCACCCAAGUUUUCGAUCAUUGUCUGGCUGCUGCUGCCCCUGCUCGCCAUACCUGCCAUGAUCAAUACACUCAAGUGCGAUGAAGGCAACAGACCCGACGACGACAUCACGGAUAUCUUGAGGGAGACUGUGUUUUUCACCAAGAUCCUUGUCCCUUUCUUCAUCCUGGUGUUCUGCACGGUCCGCAUCGUUCAGAGGUUGCAGAAGAAGACCGUGGGGGAACAGGCCAAGCUGCGGAGGGCGGUGUUUGCCGUUACUGCCGUCGUGGUGGUCUACUCCAUCUGUUUCCUGCCACACGCCGCAUCUAGGAUAGUUCUGCUGGUUGAGAGAAGUUCGGAGGAUCCCAAAGACCUAGAGACCGCUGCUGAGGUAUAUGAAGGCAUCUUCUCCUUCUCCCAAAUAGACUGCCUGCUGGACACACUGGUUUACUGCUUCUACAGCUCCAAGUUUAAAAAUGCGUACCUGUCAACGUUCUUCCCCUGUUUUCAGACAAAAUACAACAAGCAUAAUGUAAAUAAAAUCCAUCUGCAAUGA